ACAUCAUAAACUGCAUAUAAUCCGUCUGAACAGUCUGUUGUGUAAAACAAUUUUUUCUACAUGAAAUCUAUCUUCCUCACAUUUCUCUUCUCUUCUCUUCAUUUACGCACACAUUACAUGGUUUCAUCAAUAGACCAGACGGCGCGCCAUACAACUGCGCACAUUUCAUACCUAGGCGGCAUGCCUUCGGGCGACUGGAAUGGCUUUGCGUCCAGAAAAUCGGGGAUUUCUCGACAUUGAUAUCUACUUCGGUUCAACUUGCCUUCGGCAGCUAGCAAAGGAAAAUAUACUAUUUGGGCUCAGACAAGAUUGUGUUGUGUGGCAUUUUGUACAGAAGUAGAAGAUGUCAUCUUGAUGAGCACUAUGUUUCCUGUGUCCUUCCUUUUUCAGAUGGUUGCUGCCUCCCUCCUGGAGAAAUACAAAAUUGAUCCAACUCAAAUUGGACACCUAAAAGUUGGUAGCAAGAGAGUGAUUGACAAGGACAAGUCCAUUGAGACCUUCUUGAUGCAAGUCUUUGAGGAAAUGUGGUAGCACUGACAGACUCAACAAAUGCAUGUUAUGUUGGAAUUGUGGCAGUGUGGCUUUAUUCAAUUGUGUUAAUUGGGUGGAUAGCGUGAUAUGAUAUUUUGAAAGAGGAGUAUAGAAUUUAGUUUUUUUAUAAUUGAAAAAAUUACCAUGAUUUGAGCUGGAAAUUAUUUAAAUUAAGUGGUUUGCAUGGCAGGCAUCUUGAGCGUUGAAUAACUAUAUUUUAAGGUUUCCAUUUGUUAUUCAUUCAUGAGAAUAAUGCAAGCAGCUUCACUGCAGUGAUUUUGGAGUUAAUCUACGUGGUAGACUCAGACAAAUGGAUGAAUGCUACCAAAGGAUAGAUGCUUAAAUUGAUGAAAAGAACAGUUGCUUUUUGUAGGUUUAUGUGGAAGGACCAGCAUGGUCUGCUGGAGGGACAGCUGCAGUCACCAUGCUUAUUGGGCCAAAUGCUUCAUCCUCUUUGAGGUUGUUGAUGGUAUCUUGUGAAAAACUUGUUAUCUCGUGGCACUUGAUUUGUACUACAGGCAUUUCUGUGAGAAAAAUUGAAGGGCAGACCAUUUUCAAUUUCAGAUGCUGAUUAUUUUGUGUUCCAUUCUUCCUAUAAUAAGGUUUAAGUUAGAACCUAGAUUGUGAGACCAAAUUUCAUUAAGUUACUUCCUUGUGAACUCUUUCAAUGUUUUGAUCCGUUUGCUUUCAUUUGUGAACUAUCACUGAAGCUUGUGCAAAAGACUUUUGCCCAUUAUACUUCAAUGAUUUCUUGAAGAAUGCCAGGUUUGUCUUAAUUUGCUUCUCACAUAUCAUCUUCUGCAAUGGGUGUUUUGUUUCAUUUUCUAAUUCUAACACAUUCCACUUUAAUUUUAAAGAACAAUAUGACUACCUCUGUUUGAAGAGCUGGGGCCUUGUUUGAAGCAGUGCAAGUUAACAAAUGGUUCAACUGAGCUUAACUCAUGAAACUCCAGCUUUAGAGGUGUCAACUAUAGGAAGAGAAAAGAGCAACAUGACUAAAGUUUCCAAGGUUUUCUUAACUAUGUAUAUCAUUAAAUAAUAUGCCUUUAAUGUGUGAGCAAACAACAAUCUGUGGAUUUCUGUUUAUGUAUUUGAGUAAAAUAAAAUCAAAGCGUGCUAAAAGACUCUUUUUGGAUGCAUGAUUUAAUAUUUUCCAAAUAUGCAUUGUCUGCCAGUUUUGUUGAUAAGGUAGCAAAAUAGGAGCUAGCCCCACUUUUAGACCUGUAUGGUAACAAGAACCAUAAGAACCAGGAUCUUGAAAGGUAAGGCAACACGUUGCAAAAAAAUCUCUAUGAUUUAAAGGUGCAACCAUCUACCCUAAUACCAAAACAAGUUGGUAACAUGUGCACUGCAUCUCUGAAUGCAUCAUUUCUGUCUUCACAAUAUAUGUAGCUCUCUGGGAGGCAAGCAGGUAGUCAUGUUUUGAUAUGGGAGUGGUUGACUGCUGCAAUGUUUUCCAUAAACUUCAAAAUGGUCAAGAUGCUACAGCUUGCGGAACAUUGCGAAAGUGUUUAAUGUUUCAGAGGAGUUGAAAUCUAAGACACGAGUUUCCUCCCAUAAGAUUUGUCGACACCAUGAAGCUUAUGGAGUAUCAAUUCGAGCUAAAGACUUUGUGACAAGCAAGGAAAGUAUUGUUACCAGGCACCUAUUAUCUCACUGACAUGAUUUACGGUUAGAUUUAAUGACGGGAGGCCUAACAGUGACACUAUUUCUUCACCACUAGAGAUUGGUUUAGAAGAUAACAGCCUUUGACAUCUUUUUACCAUAGAAAUCGAAAAGGUACUUGAUUAUGCACUCAAGUCAGCUGUCAGAAUCUUCCUUUUGGCGUAACGGUGGUUCAGUAGAAAUAGGUGAUAAGCAAACACCGAUGCCAACCAAGCUACAAUGCCUUUUUAUUUCUUUUCUUUUGAUUAAUGAGACACCCACUAGGGUCGAGGAAUGGUAGAUGGCAAAGGAACUGGGUUUGUAUAGGAAACAGAAUCACAUGUUUGCCUUCGUUAAACCAAUAUUUCUGUAAAUUAGACAUCACAAGGAUAAAAAGAGCAGAUUCCG